CGCGUCGCAAACGGCCAUUGUGCCUGCGCUCUCACUAGCCAUCGCUGUCACCAUGGUGAAAUUGCGCGUGGCUGUCAGAGUCAUCUCUGAGGACCAAUACUUGAACCAUGCAGAUCGUCCGGCGCAUUUACCGAUCGCAGGCGAGAAGCGCUUGCUUGUCGUAGUCCGAGAACCAGAGCGAUGGCAGAUUGGAACACUGGCCCUUGAAGUACAGCGAGCUUAUAAAAGCUGUUACCAGCACGACUUACCCACCAUCAAAUACCUUAGGGAAAACGAAGACGAUUACGAUCUAGACCCACAACUCUACGUUUCGGACUUACUUGUUGAUGAAGGGAAAGCUGCUAGAGAUGGCGCUGACCAAAGAGCCACAAUCAAGGUGAUACUCGAACAAGGCCGGGCGGUAAGAGAAGGAUCGGUUGCGAUAGGCAGCCAGUUGGACCAUCCUCAAUACCAAAGACAAUUCCAAAAGCCUUCCCGACCGCCUGUGCCAACAUUUCCGGGAGUCACUUCGUCCCUUGGCAAACACUCUCUGCCGGCCGAUCACAGCAUUGCGAAGGCCAAUGGAGCAAAGAGACCAAGGCAGGUCGAAGUCCGGGGUUCUCUCAGAGAGGAGAGUUUGGUGUCAUCGAUUGAGCGAGAUGAAUCACCGCAGCUGGUACAAGCUACACAGAAUCAGGAGAUGUUGGCAGAUCCGAAGCACGAGUCACCAGAGCUGUUCAGACAUAUGCAGAAUAUUCCAGCUGCGACUCUUGACGAACUAGAGGAGCUACCGGAACAGCCAUGCGACUUCGCUCCGCAUAGUGAACGAAGAGGAGAUUCCAGCGUUGGAGGAGUUGGUGGCGUACUCCAGGAAAUAAUGACAGAGAUCUCGCCAGGUGCGACAACCAGACAAACACAGAUACAGUCUCAAGCGCCGAUCACACCCCCAACUGACGUACCCUCGAGACGAUCGAGCUCUUCAAGAAUACAACCGGCGACAGUAACACCUGAUCAACGAUCUACUUCGGCCAGCAAAUUCAAGAGAAGAAAUAUCUACGACUUUCCAGCAUCGGAGAUUGAUGAUUCUCAAAUGUCACCACGGUCGAGACAGGCCCAGCUUGGACAGACGAGGACGAGUGACCGCUUAUCACAUAUCGAGCGGUUAGGGACCCCAAAUGAUAAUUAUGAUGACCUUGAACGUCGCUUGAGUACACAAGAAGCGCUUGAUGUUCUCGACAUAGAGUCUGUGCUUGGAGACACCGGCAUGCCAGCUCGUAAUGCUCUCGGAAUUGGACACGAUGAAGGGGAUCCUCUCAGGCCUGAAGGUGCAGAAUAUGCCAUCUAUGAGGACGAAGCGAUCAGUGCGGACCCUGCCGUUCCUGAUCCCUCUGCUACAGAUUACCCGGACGCCGAUAAAGAAAACAGGGCCUCAGGCCUCGUGCAUGCACAUCCAGAGCGGGAGGUCAGUACACCCCAAGACAGGGCAAAUGAGCAUCCAGAAUCAGCUAUAAAGGUGAACAGCACAUCGAAAAUCGACACGGCCGAUAUGGCCAACGAGAUGGGCAAUGAGGCCGGCCAAUCUCACCAGAAGAAAACGAAGCAGACGGCUAGAAGAGCCAAGUCAAAGAACUCUAGAGUCAGUAGCCAUGAUGCUGUAGGAGAUAUUAAAACGGGAAAAGCUGUGCGGCCGGCCACCAAAGUCGCUACAAAACUACCUACCAAGACCAAAAAACCAAAAGCUCGGAAGAGGGAGCGCAGUGGAACACCGAGCCUUGACAGUCCUUCAGAGCAACUUGUGCAAUCUCUCAAAGAGUCGGAACAGAGUUCAGAGCCAACAACCUUGGCCACUGUGAAACCGAAAGCAGCCGCUCGCCAAACGACCAGUUCAGCAACGAAAAAGACAAAUCCUCCCGUUGGCAAACACCCGCAAGCUAAAGUCGAAAGUAGGACUAUGGGAGAUCAUCUUAAUGGGGACAAUCAUGCUGCGGAGCCCACUGCAGUAGUCGGAAACGUCGAAGUCAACGCCACACAACUCCAAGAACCUGCAAAGCCAUUGCUCCACUGGGGCUCAGGCUCGACCACCUCUAAAGAGCAAGCGGCGAAUGUCUCGGAUCACUCAAAGUCGCUGUCAGGUACCAAUGGAACUUUCGAGCCGAAGAAGAAGAGUCCAUCCGUGCCUUACGGGCUGACUGAAGAGGAAAUCAGGAUCAUGAAAAGCCGCGAAGGUAUGACGGAAGAAGAACGUGCAUCACGUAAAUCAGCUGCCAGCCAGAAGGAGAGACCUCAUCAAGUGCAAAAAGAGACGCCUGGGAAAUCGUCCAACACCAGUGCAAAGUCGGCAACACCGCAUCGCGAAACAUCCGUAUUGAACUUUUCGGGGGCGAAACAAUCGGAGACGUCGAUUGCGCCAAAGACGCCGUCAGUCAAGAACUCUUCGGUCAAAUCAUCUGUGACGGGUAAAAAUCCCACUGCUUCCGAGCAGCGAUCAGUCGGCUCGGCACCAAGUACAGCAUCCAAGCCUGUCCAGUCUACCAGGAAGGGCUCAGUGGUCUCAAAGACGCCAGCUGCCCGCGCAAAAGCCAACGUCCGGACCCAGGUGACUCCCAAGCCGAACCCGCCUCUGACUUCCGUCCGUGCCUCGGCACCGACCAUCAACUCGGCCAGGAGCCUUACCGACCUACGUGCUGCGCUUCGCAAGGCCGAUCAAGCGGUCCAUUCCACUGCGACGUCGACCUCGCUCUCACGUGCCUCAUCGAGGCCCGGGCUCGGCAAGUCAGCGCUUCCUUCGUCCGACUCUGAUGAGUCUGGCUCCGAAUCGGAUGGCGAAAGUGACAGUGAGGGCGACGGCGACGACGGGAAGACGGCCUCACAGAAGCCGAAGGCCUCGACCUCGCAGGGCGGCAUGCAGAGGUCGACACAGGCCGGCGGGAGUUCUUCGCAGAAAGGGAUCGGUCGGCCUGAUCCGAGCAUUCGCGACAAGAGCGCAGAUUCUGACGACGAUGGGGCGAGCAGCGACGACGACGACGACGGCGACGACCACCUUCUGUAGGACAGACAUCGACGGCUUCCUCCCACGUCGGAAUUCCCCGGCGCCACGAUCAGCCGUCCACGGCGAGGACGCGCGGUUCCCACGCGCCAGCACCUGAUCAGUCACAUCGACGCUCAUCGCGACCCCCCGGGCAGGUCGCACCGGUGUGCGACGUGUAAACGGGCUUUCAAGAGGCACGCCGACAUGGUACAAC